AUUAUCUGUGAACGAAGCAGUAACUGAACGCAACCGGUGACUGUCAAAUUGUUAAGACGAGCGAUUUUUCUAAAAGGCGUAUUAAAUUUUACUUUUUUCAUUCAUAAAACGAUAGAUUAUUAUCAAAAAUGUUAGCUUUAAUCAAUCGUAUCCUUGAUUGGAUUAAAAGCUUGUUCUGGAAGGAAGAGAUGGAACUAACACUGGUCGGCCUACAGUAUUCGGGGAAAACAACUUUUGUUAACGUCAUUGCCUCGGGACAAUUCAGCGAAGACAUGAUUCCAACUGUUGGUUUCAAUAUGCGCAAAAUAACAAAAGGGAAUGUUACUAUUAAAGUAUGGGAUAUAGGUGGCCAGCCAAGGUUCCGUUCCAUGUGGGAAAGGUAUUGUAGAGGAGUCAAUGCUAUAGUGUACAUGGUGGACGCCGCGGACCCGGACAAGAUCGAGGCGUCCCGCAACGAGCUGCACAGCCUGCUGGAGAAGCAGCAGCUGACCGGCAUCCCCGUGCUCGUGCUGGGCAACAAGCGCGACCUGCCGCACGCGCUGGACGAGCACGGCCUCAUCGAGCGCAUGAAUCUAUCUGCGAUCCAGGACCGCGAGAUCUGCUGCUACUCGAUCUCGUGCAAGGAGAAGGACAACAUCGACAUAACGCUGCAGUGGCUCAUUUCGCACAGUAAGUCGGGCAGCGCGCGCUAGUCCGCAGUCGGUCCGCGAUCGGUCCGCGAUCGGUCCGCGAUCGGUCCGCGAUCGGUCCGCGAUCGGUCCGCGAUCGGUCCGCGAUCGGUCGGCAAUCGGUCCGCAACCAGUCGGCCGUCGGUCCCGCUCAGUCGCCUCGUCUCCCGCCGGAUGCGGACUCCUCGACCGCGAUCGUUUAUCGUUCGAACGCGAAAC